UGCUGCUGGCUGUGUGAUCUCGUCUCUACCAACACCGCAAGGGCCAUCGAAUAGGACGAAUCAGUGGCUUAGGAGGUCGGCGGUUCCCGUGGCCAUCCUAGCUCCGCGGUCACCAACGAGCUUGAGAAUUUUUUAAAAUAUCAACAGUUCGAAGGCAACUGCAUCAAAACUUUGAAGAGGCAACUGCUUGUUGAAUAUCGUCAUCACAUCAUCCAACAAAGGCAGCCGAUGAGCGGAAUCGCAGCAGCGCGGCUGAAGCAGGAGAGAAAAGACUGGAGGAGGGAUCCAGACAGGCCAUUUGGCUGGUGGACGAGGCUUGCGGCCAAUCCUGAUGGAUCGUCGUCGAUCAUGAAGUGGGAGUGCGGCCUUCCAGGACCGAAGAAUACCAACUGGGAGGGCGGAGAGUACCGGAUCCACAUGGAGUUCACCGAAGACUAUCCCUCAAAGCCGCCCAAGUGCAAGUUCGUGCCACCCCUAUUCCACCCCAACGUUUACCCGUCAGGCACCAUCUGCCUCAGCAUUCUGAAUGAGGGCCAGGGAUGGAGACCAAGCAUCACCAUCAAGCAGAUGCUGCAUGGGAUCUUCGAACUUUUGGACAAUCCGAACCCCGACGACCCUGCCCAGUCAGAGGCCUACCAACUGUUUGUGAACAACAAAGCGGAGUACGACAGGAGGGUGCUCAUCGAGGCCAAGAAGAAUCCCCCUGCUGCAUAGCACUGCCGUGUGCAUAUCUAUCUAUGUACCAGCUGUGGGUGCUCUCAUUUUCCAUCAUGCUCGUUGUGGUUCCCACUACCUCGUGUGGGAGCGUGAUUAAGAAGACGGAGCUUGCACGAGACACAACAUCAAGUAAAAUAAGAGCUCGCAGCACAAUUUAAUAUGCUCGGACAAUGUUGGCGGAAACGUGUCCGGUCCAGAAGCAGGUUUACACACUUGACUAGGUGGUACGCAAGUAGUUUGUUCUGUCGUGCGUCGUCUCACCCUCCUCUCGAGGUUACUGGUGAGGCCGAGUUGCAGCGAGCUCCACACAUGCAGGCAAUGUGAGUGCCACUCGACUGUAGAGUAAAUGGCAGUCGUGGUACUAUGCACAAUGUUGCGGGACCGUGAUGUAGCUUGGGCGUUUCGUUGUGCUGUCCGAGUGCGUGCAGGCAUCAAACAGCAAUGUUAACGUUGAGUGCUUGCAUGGUGGCCGUCGGACUGAAGCUGCUCGAGCAUGUUAGCCUUGUGCCCUUGUCUAGGUGGUGCAGUUCCAUGAACGUGCUCGCCAUUUCUUGUUGGAUCCACUUCCCUCGAUUGGACAUGGAUUCGUCGGUGAGCUUUAUUUUUUGCCCAAGAUUGAGGCAAGGUUGGCGUUCAGGCAAAGCAGACGAGGCUCAGAACAAGACCUCGGACGAUCCCGGGGCGACGUGAAGACAGAGAAACCUUAGAACAGCAGCCUUGUUGUGUGUAGAUAUGCGUUUAGAGUUGCUGCUAGGAUUUCCGGGCGGAUCGCAUGCCAUGUCAACAUGGAAACGAGGUAAUCUAAUCGUACAUAACAGCCAGUUUUAUCGUUUCGGGGCGCGGAGAGGUUUCGCCCGCUAGGUUGGGAAUGCUGCUGUCUACGCGUAUGCGCGGGAUUGCUCUACACAAAGAAGGAUCUAUGUGCCUGCGCCGCUGGGCAGGCGUUGUGUCAUUUUCCUGCUUUUUUGUGCGGCGUGUGAGGAGACGGACACGCACGCUUUACUCUCUCAAGUUAAUUCCGCGAUCUGAACCCCUCACCCGUCGGCUGGUGCCGUUUCUCGAGGUAAUUUCGCUCACGCUCAGG